GGGUGAACCCUCCUUUCUCCCCCCCCCCCUCCCUUUCAGUGGCGCCUCCGGUCUCCUCUUUCUGCGAUCUUGAUCUCUCUCUCGGAGAGGUUUCCCCUCUUCUGUGCCUUGCCCUCUUCUAUGAAAUGCCCAGUCCUUACAGCAGGCAGGGGACCAAGCCAGGCCUCUGCGCCGCCUCCGCCUCCUCCCGGUUCCGCGGGAACCCUUGCGCCGGCCUCCUCCCGCCUGGUGCUAUGAGCAGAGGGGCCCCUCGAGGCAGAGGUUCAGCUCAGGCCCCCACAAAGCCUCCUCGCGGCGGCCCUGGCCGCUCUCUCCCCGCUCUCUUUAACGGUGGUCCUCCUCUUCUCCCGCAGGGAGGUGGCCCCGAGGACCUCCACCAGCAGCAGAUCCUCUUCCUGAAGGGACGGCUCUCCCAGGCCUCGCUGCUGCCACCACCGGCCUCGCUGCAGUUGCCCCAGAACCGAGGGCCACCCCGAGGGACCGGGACUCACUCUGGGUUCUGGCACAGCAACGGUGCGGCCAGAAGGCCUCCCUGUAACCACAGCCGGAACGAGGCUCCUCUUCCCGGCGGACGGAACUCAAAGACUGGCAUCAGCAGCCUGGUUUCGGACUUCCAGGGCCUGGCCGUGACCCGCCAAGGGCUCGAGCAGAGUCUCCUGGAGGCCCUGAGACGCCUCGCGCCCCAGGAGACGGAGACAGCCCGCCGGCUUGCCACUUGCCUCGACGUCCCCAAGAAGGACGUCAACCACCACCUGUACAAGCUCCACAGCUGGGGCCUGGUCUGCAAGGUGGGGGACCGGCCCCCUUCCUGGCGGUUAGCGGACUCCGCAAAGCCCUCGGCGGCAGCAGCGGCAGAACAAAGCGACCCCCCCCACCCGGCCGCAGUGGGAUCGGCCCCUGCCUCCUUGCUCCGAUCCCGAGGACGGCCUCGAUCCUGCCGCCAUGGCCGAGGUCAAGGAGAAGAUCUGCGACUUCCUCUUUGGCGUCACGGACUCCACGGCCCACAACCUGGCCCGGAACGUGGGCCUGUCCAAGGCCCGGGACGUCAACGCCACCUUGGUGGCCCUGGAGAAGCUGGGCGAGGUGCGGAAGGAGAACGCCAACCCGCCCAAGUGGUCCCUCACCGACAACAAGCGGCGGCGGAUGCAGCUGAAGGCCAAGGCCGAGGAGAUCCGAGAGAUGGUCCCGCCGGGCCUGGAGCCCGACCCCAGCAUCCUGACGCCCUACCUGGAGCCGGAGCUGCCCGAAAGCACGCCGGCCCUCCCUCCGUCCUCGCCGCCCCCGCUUCCGCUGCUGGAGGGCCAGGAGGGGGAGCAGGCGGAGCAGCAGGCGGAGGAGAGGAAGGUGAAGGUGAAGGAGGAGGAGCAGGAGGAGAAAGUGGAGAACGGGCAGCAGAUAUCCGAGCCGCUGCUGGCAACGGAGCCCGGCGAGGAGCGCUUCCCCACGCGGACGGCGCCCCCGCGCAAGCGGCCCCGCUACCACUGGUUCCCCAACUACGACAACUUUGAGAGCGGGCGCUGGGCCAGCGACGACAUCCCCGAGGACCUGAACGCCAUCAGCAACCAGGAGGAGUCCUCCCGCUGCAUCAUGGAGUCCCCGCUCUCCCCCAGCUAUGCCGCCCAGUUCGACACGGCCUUCCAGUGCACCCCCAUGGAGAAGCUCAUGGCCUGCCAGCAGAAGAACCCCGUCAGCGGCCUCAUCGAGUACACCCAGUACAUGUACCAGCACUGCGAGUUCGUCCUGCUCAAGCAGAGCGGGCCCUCCCACGAGCCCCGGUUCAAGUUCCAGGCUGUGAUUGACGGGCGGCGGUUCCCUCCGGCGGAAGCGGGCAGCAAGAAGCUGGCCAAGCAGGAGGCCGCUGCCCACGCCAUGAGGAUCCUGGUGUACGAAGCCGAGCACGAAGGGGCGGACGGCAUGGAGCUGGAGAAGAGCCUCUACGAGGACAGCUCCCUCAGCGAGGCCGAACUGUCUGAGCAAGCGGAGCCGGAGCCCUCCUCCCUGACGCCGCAGCUCUGCACCACCGGCAAGAACCCCGUCAGCGCCUUGAUGGAAUACGCCCAGAAGUCGGGCAGCGUCUGCGAAUUCCAGCUCCUUGCCCAGGACGGGCCUCCCCACGACCCCAAGUUCAAGUACUGCGUGAAGAUAGGGGACCAGGUUUUCCCAGCCGUGGUGUCCAACAGCAAGAAGGGGGCCAAGCAGAUGGCCGCCGAGGCUGCCAUCCGGGGCCUGAGCGGAGACAUGAGCAUCUUUGCCGAACAGACGGAGGAGGACCUGGCCUUUGAGCUGUCCGGCAGCCAGGCUGUGGAGGAGCCCAAGGCGUCCAGCGCCAAGGGGGUCGGGGAGCUGAUCAAGUACCUGAACUCCAACCCCGUCAGCGGCCUCCUCGAAUACGCCCGGGCCAACGGCUUCGCGGCAGAGUUCAAGCUGAUUGAGCAGACCGGCCCACCCCACGACCCCAAGUUUGUCUUCCAAGCCAAAGUGGGAGGGCGCUGGUUCCCGGCGGUGACGGCACACAGCAAGAAGCAAGGCAAGCAGGAGGCGGCCGACGCGGCGCUGCGGGUCCUGAUCGGGGAGAGCGAGCAGGCCGAGAACACCGAAGGGCUGACCAUCACCGAGCUCCCUGUGAGCGGGAGCACCCUCCACGACCAGAUUGCGAUGCUCAGCCACCAGCGCUUCAACGCCCUCACCGCCCGCAUCCAGCACAGCCUCCUGGGACGCAAGAUCCUGGCCGCCAUCAUCAUGCGGCGCGGGCAGGAGGGCCUCGGGGUCGUGGUCAGCAUUGGCACAGGGAACCGCUGUGUCAAAGGGGAGGAACUCAGCCUGAAAGGGGAGACGGUCAACGACUGCCACGCGGAGAUCAUCUCCAGAAGGGGAUUCAUCAGGUUCCUCUACGACGAGCUCCUCAAGUACGACCCCGCGGCUCCCGAGGAGAGCAUCUUUGAGCCGCUGCCCGACGGCCAGCUGAAGAUCAAAGACGACAUCACCUUCCACCUGUACAUCAGCACGGCUCCGUGUGGGGACGGCGCGCUCUUUGACAAGUCGUGCUCCGACCAGGUCAACACGGCCGGGGAGGACCAGCACCAGCCCCUCUUUGAGAACCCCAAGCAGGGCAAGCUGCGCACCAAGGUGGAGAACGGGGAGGGCACCAUCCCGGUGGAGUCGAGCGACAUCGUGCCCACCUGGGACGGGAUCCAGCACGGGGAGCGCCUGCGCACCAUGUCCUGCAGCGACAAGAUCCUGCGCUGGAACGUGCUGGGCCUGCAGGGGGCGCUGCUCUCCCACUUCCUCCGCCCCGUCUACCUCCGCUCCGUCACCCUCGGCUACCUGUACAGCCAGGGCCACCUGACACGUGCCAUUUGCUGCCGCAUGUCCAGGGACGGCGACACAUUCCAGGCGGGUCUCCCGGCGCCCUACGUGGUCAACCACCCAGAGGUGGGGCGUGUGAGCGUCUACGACUCUGCGCGGCAGACGGGCAAGACCAAGGAGUCCAGCGUCAACUGGGCCUUGCCGGACGACACCGACGUCGAAGUCCUGGACGGGACGAAAGGCAAAGUGGAUGGACCAAAGCUGGACGUCUCCCGGGUGUCCAAGCGGCACCUGUUUGCCCUCUUCCAGUCGCUGUGUGCCAAGGCGGAGCGCCGGGACCUGCAGGCGCUGCCCUCGUACUCGGAGGCCAAGGAGGCGGCCCGGGCCUACCAGGGCGCCAAGGGGCAGUUCUUCUGGGCCUUGCAGGAGAUGGGCUACGGCAGCUGGAUUUGCAAGCCCCAGGAGGAGAAGGCCUUCAGCCUGGCCGAGGCCUAGCCGCCCGUCUCCCCCCUCCCCCUCCCCCUCCCUCCCUCCCUCGCUCGUGUCCCGGGCUCGGUUUCGGAGGAGUAUCUUUUUUUUAAUUAAUUUGGGUUUUAUUUUUUAAAGCAGAAAGCGGGAAUUGUUCCCUUUUCCUUCGGGUUAUGGAAUUGAAUUGUUUUUUUGUUGUUGUAAUUUUCCGGUUUAGACGGAUGGCAGGUUUGUAACUCUUGUUGGGGAAGAGGGAGGUCGUGGCCCCUUGAAUCCCACCCACCCAGUGUCUCAGGCAUGGGCCAACUUCCCUCCAGGCGUUUGGACUCCAACUCCCAGCAUUCCUCACGGCCUCAGGCCCCUUCCUUUAAUUGUAUUAAUUUAAGCGAAGGCCCAACCAGGAACCCAUGAGGUCAUCCCUUUGGCACCUGGCUUCAGGGGCUGCGGGGAAAAGGAAGAGGCCUGAGGCUGCUGGGAAUGGUGGGAGUUGGAGUCCAAAACUCCUUUCCUUCCUUCCUCCUUUCCUUCCUUUUUUCCUCUCUCUUUCUCUAAAGUCUGGCUCUUUCUUUAAGUGGAGAGGAGUCUUUUCAGUUUCUGUUUUGGCGCCGUCAACCAAUGGCAUUGCGAAUGGAAAAAAAUAUCUCUUUAUGCAAACUCUUUUUCAUCCCUUCCUUUGUCAUGUGCCGUCGUCCCAUUAAGUGAAAACCAACCCCACAAACAGAUGUCAUUUUAUUCACGGCAGGCAAAACACGGACCCCUCCCUUUGUCCCCCUUUCUCGUUGUCCUUCCUUCUUUCCUUCCUUCUUUCCUUCCUUCCUUGUUUUCUCCUCUUUUCUUUGUGGUCCGUUCCGCUUUACGGCGACCCCCCCCCCUCUCUAGGUUUACCCAUCAUGAGAACAACAACAACCAAAGUCAUCACAUUCCGCCUGAAAUAAGAAUAGGAAUAAUAAUAAUAAAAAAACCAACAUUUUUCUGUA